AUGGAGGUAGAGACGGAAUUAGAAAAUAUGAAGGACAGAGAGGGAGGAGCUGAAUUAGUUCUGAAUCUUCAACCAAGUUCAUCGAUUUCAAUUGGUUAUCAUUCUUCCUUUGGUCCUCAUGAUGACCUAAUUCUCCUGGAGCUCGAUGAGAAGCUUCUUCCUGACUUUCUUCAUGAAAGGGUAACUUUGAGAGGUCAGCCUAAUGAAGAUGCAGUUCUUUGUACCACAUCGAAAACCUAUGCGGUUAAGUUUGUUGGGAACUCGAAUUCUGUAUUUCUUAUACCCCCUUUGGAUCUAUUUCCUUCAUGUGGGAGUACACAGGAGUAUGAGGAAACUAGUAGCAAAGACUUGAAGGUUGCUUCCAUUAUCAAAGUUGCACCUGGUAACAUGGAGCUCGUUGAAGUUGCUCCAAAGUUGGAUAAGCUUAAACUUCUUCUUUCUCAAAAUCCAUACAAUUUUGGUGAUAGUUCAGAAAUGGAGGGAAUAGAAGGUGAUGACAGGACUGAUGCUAAUUUGUACAGAUGGGAGGAUCUAGUUGACAGGAUUCAAGCUAGUGACAUGGAACUGAGAUCUGGGUUAAAUGCUAUAUUUGCUGUAGAGAUAAAUGGAUAUUGGAGGACUCUUGAUGAAAAUUAUAAGGAUGGGAUUCUGAACAUGCUUUUGCAUAAUUCAGUACUCAAUGAUUGGUCUUUGAAUUCACUUUAUGAAGAUGAAGUUGUGGCUGUACUAGUAGCUGAUGGCUAUCCCAGUGAAAUUGCCAGACACUGUCUGCGAAUGUUUGGGAGCAAGGUUAAUGAGGGGGUUGGUCCCUCUUGUUGGAGGUUGGAUGAAAGAUGUGUGUGCCUGCAUUUUGCUAGAAGAAUCUUAGGAGCAGGAAAGAUGAAGUUGGAAGCUUUUAUGGAUGAGUGGGUGAACAAGGUUCCAUCAGGCAUGCAUGCAACCUUUGACAUGUUAGAAGGUGAAAUUUUGAGCGAAAAGCAAGGCAUAGAAACUUGGAUUCAUGCCUUCAGUGUUUCCUCUCUACCAUCCACCCCUGCUGAACGUUUUUCAUUGCUUUUCCAUAAGAAGCCAAAGUGGGAAUGGAAGGAUUUACAUCCAUAUGUCAGGGAUCUGAAAGUGCCAGGACUUUCUUCAGAUGCCUUACUUCUCAAAUAUACUCGCAGAACACAGCCAACUUUGGAUGCAGAACCUAUUUUUACAGCAAGAUAA